AUGAUAUACCUUUUUUUCUUCAUAUUAAUAGCGGUUAGAUGCAUAAGAUAAUAGGAAAGUUUUGCAUUUUGUGAUGAAUAGAUGGAAUUUAACAUUAGUUUUUAUGGAAAAUUGAUUUCUAAUGUAAAAUUAUCAAAUAGUACAGAUGCUAUAUUGGCAGAUAAUAGAGUAAUUAUAAUAGACAAUGAACUUAAUGUAUUAAGCUCUGUUUAAAUUCCAAAAAGUGUAACUCAUAAAUGUGAAUGGAUAUUCAAACCUAUAUCAGAUAUAUUUUUUGUUGGAUGUCAAAAAAAUGAAGAAGCACCUUAUUUAAUUGCUUAUAAAAGUAUUAAUGAUACUCAUUUCUCAUAAUUUGGGGAUAUAGAGUAUUUCCCUAAUUUUAAUGAAACAAUUUUGAAAGUGACAGGAAUCUAAAAUACAUUAUUCAUUAUUCAGAAAACAAAAGUUACUUUAUUUUCUUUGGUAAUUUCAGCUUAAGAUUGGGGUAUAAAAAUAACUCAAUAUGUAUUGGAUAAGAAAUAUUUUGGAAGAACAACUGAAAUUAAUAUUACUGAUAUAACAUAUGAACCAUUUAUAGAAGAUAAUGAAUUAUUUUAUAAAUUGAUUGUAGUUGAAUAUGAUCUUGGAGCUUUUUGGUUAGAUGCUCUUAGCAAUAAUAAUAUUUUAACACCAUUUAGAACUGGAAUAAUCAAUUUAAAGGCCUAUUUCAAUAUUACAAAAUAUUAUCAAUCAGCUCUAAUUCAUUCUACUACAUACAAUACAUCAUAAAUUACAUUUAAUUUAUUUUAUAAUGGAUAAUUAAAUGUAUAAAUAAAAGCAACAUAUAUCUCAACUUUGAAUACUAAUAUAGUUGAUAAUUUCUAUUAUAGUUCCAAUAAUUGGUGGUCUUUCGGUUAACCUAUUAAACUUGGUAAUUUGUAAGGAAUCCUUAGACGAAAUUCAUAAAAGUAAAGCAUUUUAAGUGUAUAUAAUGUUAAAAUCCCACUUGCUUCAGAUCAAAAUUUAAAUCUAUAAGAUACUCCUAUUUACGAUCCAAUUGAUUCUUUCAUUUCUCUUCCAUAAGAUUAUUCUAUUUAUUACUUUAAUAAAGGUUAUCGUGUAGUUUAUAGUAGAGAAGAUAAUUAUUUGUAAAUUUGUGACCUUUACAAUUAUAAAUUACUUAUGGAAUGA